UCAAAGUCAAAUUUAAGCUUGUGCUGCUUCUCUGAAGUCAUUUUGGGCAACAGCAUCACACAUUUCGCCUCCGGGGCAGUGGCUCAGCAGAAAAACAUCGAAGGCAUGGGAACAACACAGUUAAAGAUGCUGAAUCUUUUACUUUUAUUAGCCUUCGCAAAGAUUUGUGCUGCUCAGAAUGACAUCACUUUGUCAGUGUUUACGGUCACAUCUAAGAGUAUGACGGUGCAGUGGAGCGGCCACACUGGUGCCAGCUCCUACAAGAUUACAGCAACACCCAAAAACUCUCCUGAACGAUCCGUCUUUGCUCAGUUCGGUGGCAACACCGUGAUGGGCUCAGUCAACUCCCUGUCACCAAACACAGUGUACACCAUGCAGCUCGAAGCCAUGGACAAUGCAUCCAAUGUCCUCAGCAGUGCAGAGACAGAGGAGACAACAGCUCCUGAAGUCCCCAGCAUUGAACAGGCCUACUCCAAACACAGUGACAGCAUCACUGUGGAGUUCACAGAGGUUUCCGGGGCAACCAGCUACAUCCUGAGGGCAGAAUCAGAGGCGGGUGAUUUCUUCUCUGAGACUGUGGUGAGCAGCUCCCCGGGCACCGUGGUGCAGCUCCAGCCCUACACAGACUACAGGCUGAGUGUCAUGUCCGUCAACUCUGGGGGGAGGAGCCAACACUCGUACCCCAUCAAGGCAGCAACAGUGGUACUGGCCCCUGAGUUGAACACCACCUCCCCCAACAACAGCACCAUCCAUGUGACUUGGACCCCAGUUGAACAUGCCGUCCUCUACACGCUGUGCAUCAUUCGGGAAGGCUCCAGCUCCCGCCACAAACUCAACACCACUGAUACCAUGGUGACCUUUGAUGGCCUCGAAGCAGGGACUACCUACUGUAUCAAAGGCACAGCCUGGGACUCUGAGGGUAGAGCUGGAGACGACCUCACUGUCUGCCAGAUCACACGUCCUCCAAGCCCAGAUGUGACCCAUAUCCAGAUGACUCAGGGUCGGUCUCUUGAGGUCGUUGUGUACUGGGGGUCAGUGCAAGGAGCUGAGAGCUACAUGGCCUGGACCACGAAUGGCCAAAACUGUACUUCAGCAGGUCAAACUUACUGUUAUAUCACACCUGUGGAGUGUGGCCAGAACCACUCUGUCUCUGUCACAGCCUAUAACAAAGCUGGUCCCAGCAAUCCCUCUGAGCCAGAAGACUACAUUACAUAUCCAUGUCCCCCAGAGAACAUCUGGGUGGAGGAGCCACAAGCAGGAAACUGCUCGGUGGUGUGGGAUGAGGUACCACUGGUGGAGUACUACAUGGCUUUCAUUAAGAGGGACGACGGGAUGGAGAAGGCGUGUAACACCACAGAAACCACAUGCCCAUUUUUCUGCAUGUGUGGCUACACCUACCUCACCACCGUCUUCCCCUACAAUCAGGCCGGCUCCAGUCCUUACGCCCACGUCCGCAACUACACCACUAUUCCUUGUUGCCCACGAGAUGUUACCAUAAGCCUAGUGUCUACAGAGACCCUGGAGAUCAUGUGGUCACCGGUCAAAGGGGCUGAGCUGUACCAGACAACAGCAUCACAGACUAAUGAUGUCAUCCACUGUAACGACACUGCGCCAGUGUGUGCACUGUCAGAUCUGAGGUGCAACACAGCUUAUUCCGUGACCAUCACACCUUGCAGCGACUUACGAGGAUGCAAUCGCACCUGCACACCUCACACACAUGCAACAGCUCCAUGCACUCCAGAGAUCUUGAAUAUGACACAGACUGAAAACUCCACCUACAGAGUCCUCUUCACUGCCCACAACACCCCCAACACAAAUUAUACUAUCACUGCCACUGGACGAUAUGACACACGCACUUGUCAAACAAGAAACAACUUCUGUGAGCUCACACAGCUGCCCUGUGGUUCAACCUAUGAGGUCAUGGCAGUGGCCAUCACGACUGUGGGGAGAAGUCUACCUGGAUUCAGUAAAACUUUGGAAACAGGUCCUUGCUGCCCCAAAUCUGUGAAUGUGACACAGGUAACCCAGGCUAUGACCAAUGUUACCUGGUCAUCUGGCAGUGGAGCACGCUCCUAUAUCACCUCCCUGACGUCCUCGCGUGGACAUGCAAAGUGCCACACUCUGGACACCCACUGCCUGAUGGGAUGCAUCACCUGUGGUACCAACUACAGCGUCACCCUGGAAGCCAUCAGUAGCACAGGACACAAGUCAGAGUGCAAAUAUCGUGGAUUCUCAUCCAGUGCCUGCUGUCCAACAAGCCUCAAGCUCUAUCGCAUGGCCAACAACUCCCUCAGGGUGCACUGGCGCCCUCUGGGCCCUCGGAUCUAUGACCACACAGUAGAUCUGUUUGGGACAGGAGCCAACUACACCUGUACCGCAGCUGCUGGCAUCACAUACUGUGAUAUCUGGGAGGAAACAUGUGGGGAUGUCUACAGAGUAGUGGCGGCUCCAGUGGGACAGAAUGGGAUCAAAGUCAGCUUCUGUCAGCCCAGGACGUACUCAGUUCUCUGCCCAGGAAGUAAUGCUGGAAUGGUGAUCUCUCGUGGAAGACGAAGUGUGGAUUAAUUUUGACAGUGAAGGCCUCUCAUCAUGACCCACCACCCAACAUGGACAGUGGACUGUGUUUACACCAAUGACAACUAUAAAGUUCCAAUACACCCAGAUGAAAUCUCACUCUUGUUUAGGAAUGUUGUUUUAUUGUUACUACUGUUUGCAAGAAAAGCUGCAGUUUCUGUUGAACAAAUACGGAAAUCAAAAGACAAAAUAUAAAAAUAUAUAAAAGACAAAUGUUAAAUAAAUAAAUGUGAUCAUUUAUCUAAUGUACCUCGGAAAUACUCUCCAUAUUGUUGCUUGUUAUAGGAAGCUGCAUGUUAUUUUACUCUUUAUGCUCUUCGAGUCCUCAUGUUUAAUCAGACAGUUGCCCUUUCAUAAUGUGAUUUGAUGUGACCUCAACAUGUAAUAACCACAAGUAAAAAUGAAAAAUAUGAAACUCCCUACACAAACAUAUCAAUAGUAGAUUGGAUUUUUUGAUAAAAAUGAUUAUAGAACUUCUCCAAGUAGAUGACCUCCAUAUGGUGGCCUUAUGACAUGUCUCUGGGUUAUAAAGCUGGUUGGUGACCCAGAAGAGUGUCACAGCGAAAAGUGGGGCAGCAGCUCUCCAUCUCUUUAGCCUGGAGUCAUGCAUGGCGAGUCCAGUGGAUGAUAUGUCUGAUCAGAUUGCUGAAGACAGAUUCAGUGUUACCUCUGCUUUCACUGGAUUUUGUUUUCUCUCAGUCGACAGGCAACACAAUAAAACACAUUGUUUCUGCAUUUCAA